UACCUCGAAUAACAGCCUUGAGACGUGCCCUUCAAGCGGCUCACUGAUUCCUGAGGGCAGCGACGCUGAGCUGUGCCCCCCCCUCGGCUGGCGGCAGUGGUAGCGCCCGGGGCUUGUGCUGGGCGCGCACUUCGAAGGCGCGGACCGCCGGCAGCGGGCGUUCCCCGUGAGGGGUACCGGCGUUCUCGGCGGUAACGCCUGCCGCUUCCAUUCGCAGCGCUUACGGUUGGCGUUCCGUGUCCGUGCUGGCGGUGAGCAGUCGUGCUGUCAGCCCGCAGUACGCGUCGUCUGCCGCCUGCUCCGUGAGCUGACUGCUGCUGGUUGUGAGCAACUGACAACGUCAGUAACUUGGACUGUGAGAAAUGGACAACAGCAUUUAUCAAGUUUAUGAAGAUGAAAUUCAGUUGCUGGAAGAAGAGAUUAAACUGUUGGCUGAAAAAUAUGAAGAUAUCCAACAGGAAUCCACCUUUUUUUCUGAGGAAGAAGUAUUGACGUCAAUAAAACUAUUCCAAAGAGAAUUUCAGGGAGAACAUAAGGGACAUGGACCUCCGUUGGACCUGAAAGCUGAACUUGAAAGUCUAGAGAGAGACCUCUCCUUUUUAAUGAAGUUUACUGGUAUUCAGAUCACAAGUCAUUCUAAGAAAACAUUAGAAAAAACUGCAAAUAGAACAGUGCAGAAACACAAAGUAUCUGGAAAUUGCUGGUCCUUGCCUUUUUGUUUGGAAUUCCAGCUCCUUGAAAUGAAGAGCAAGGAGAAUGUGUCUGCUGCUGUUACUGAUCUCAGCAUUGUAAUAGAAUCUGGACAAUAUUCAGAAUUAAGCAAGUUUGUGACCAGCGCUGAAGAACAUGGAAAUCUUUUGCUGUUUUUCAGAAGCCUUUUAUCUUAUGCUGAGUGGUGUGAACAUCGUAGAUGCACAUUCCUACAUUUCAAGGAGAAGAGAAUAUUAGCUCAGAUGUUUGUGUUCAAGGGGCAGUGCCCUGGCUUGGUAUUCACGUUGUUUUUACCGUGCUGUUGUUGGGAUCCUUAUACAUGGAGGAAAACAAGAAUAUCAGCGCCUUUUCUCUGGAGAGCAAGAUGUUGUUUAUUGCUAUUAAAUUUCAUUUUGAAGAACAGCAGCAACAGGGAAAAAAAAACAGCAAAAGGAAAAAUUAAAAUAACACUUGUGGUCUUUGGCAUUUAAGUGUUAGUUCUAAAGGACUGGAACUGUCUCUUUUGAAAGUGUGACAGCAUGUGUUUGGGCUACAGCACUUCCAGUUCUGAAAUGUUUUACUUGAACGGGAGAUAAACUGUUCCUCCCUCUCAACUGGAAAAUAUGGUUUAAAUUUUGUUUUAAGUUACCAUUAUUUGGCAUGUUUACUUUGUCUUUGUACUGGUUUUAAGAUAAGAAACUCUCCCACAAAGUUAAAAAAAAAAAUAAAAUACUGUAGUCUUGCAAACACAGAACAUCUUAUAUGAUGAAUGGUUGAUGUUAUGGGAGGAUGUUCAGCUGUUUAACUCUUUUUUAGUGCUUUAGCUCAAUUUUAUUUAGCUCAAGCCUUUAGUGUAAUUAAACUCAGCAUAAUCAUGGCUUUUCAACUGUAUUAUGAAUUGUGAACUGCUUGGAUUCCUUAGGCUCUUCUGAGUUCUGUGCUAGGCUAGUAUUUUUUGUUCAUCUGGUUGGUUCAUCCUGAUAGUGUUUAAAAAAAAAAUGUUUUUCCCCACUUGACCAAUUCUUAGAUCAGCCUCAUGAUAGUAGCCACUGUUGUUUCAGGCAAAGUGGUUUAGUAAGCUGUUGAAAAUACUUCUCAUUUAAAAAAAUGAAAAGACAUUAGACAGGAGAUGACUUUGAAAUCAUCAUGUGUACCUUAAGGAAACAAUUUUAAAAGUUAGUUGAUCAGGCUGAAUGUAAACAAUAGUGAUAUUGUCAUGGCUUAAUGAUUUUUCAUUGGUGUUCCACAUGAUAAUACUGAUCAAAACCAUGACAGAUAUUUCAUGCAGAAUGCAUCUCAGUGAAGGUACAUUCAUUGAAGUCAUUGUAUGCUACAGGUUUAUGUCAGUACUAGAGUACCAUUUCUGAAGUGACUUCUGUUGGCAAAGAUGCUGUUGAGAAAAAGAUUGGCAUGGGAGAACAUUUAUCCAAUCUGAUGAUAGGCCUGUGAAGAGAUUUUCAAGGCCUUUUAUUUCUGCAAGCGUUCUUAAUUCUUUUAUUUAGAAAUAGAAGACUUUCUGAGAUCAGAAAAUUAAGAAAUGGACAACAGAUCAAAUCUAACAAUUUAAAAUGUAUUCAAAGCUUGCCUACUAAGGAGAAUAUGUGUAUUGUAACUUUAUAUCCUGUGUUGGCUCCUGUGAAAGUGGCUGGAGGUAGCUUUUAACAUUUGGAUCAAACAAGUGACUAGUUGUAACUAUUCACACUCAGACAAUAUUAAAUAAUGAAUCUGUA